GUAGCUUCAGCCGGCAUGUGCCAGGCUCAACCCCCGACUCCAAGUCGGUCGAGUUGAAACGUGUCUCCCCCGAUUGCCACUUGCCAGCCCCCAUAAAGCUGUCAAUCGAGAUCCGGAUCCCUCAUCAGCCCUUGCUCCCGGAACUCAAUCCCCAUCUCACCUCACCACCCCCACAAGACGCCCACACCGGACACAACAGUCAAGAUGUUCAAUCUGAGGCGCCUCAUAGUCUCGGCCGCGCUGCUGGUCGGCAUCUCGAUGCUGCUCUUCAGCUCGACCGCCGCCGCCGCCAAGGGCCCCAAGAUCACCCACAAGGUCUUUUUUGAGAUCAAGCACGGCGAGGAGGAUCUCGGCCGCAUCGUCAUUGGCCUCUACGGCAAGACUACCCCCAAGACCACUGAGAACUUCCGUGCUCUUGCCACCGGCGAGAAGGGCUACGGAUACGAGGGCUCCACCUUCCACCGCGUCAUCAAGAACUUCAUGAUCCAGGGCGGUGACUUCACCAAGGGAGACGGCACUGGCGGCAAGUCGAUCUACGGCGACCGCUUCCCCGACGAGAACUUCAAGCUCAAGCACACCAAGAAGGGUCUCCUGUCCAUGGCCAACGCCGGCAAGGACACCAACGGCUCGCAGUUCUUCAUCACCACCGCCAUCACUGGCUGGUUGGAUGGCAAGCACGUCGUCUUCGGCGAGGUCCUCGAGGGCUACGACAUUGUCGAGAAGAUCGAGAACGUCGAGAAGAACCCCGGGGACAAGCCCAAGGAGACGGUCAAGAUCGUCAAGAGCGGAGAGCUGCCGGUGCCCGAAGAAGGUAUUCACGUGGAGCUCUAGAGCGGCUGUUUAGCCCGCACGUCAGCACCGCCAAUCACCAAUUGCACACCUAGAUACACACACACAGACACACAUGUUCCUAGAAAAGUCAAAUUCAAGUGCGAUCAGGUCCCUGCCGUC